UCUCUCUCUCUCUCUCUCUCUCUUCCCCCGUCUUUCUCCAUCCACGCUCUGUGAAUCCAUGUCUUCUUCAAACCCUUCCAUCAAAAACCCUCUUUGAGAGGUUUAGAAAGUUCCCACACCCCGUUUCUUUCCAAAAUUCUCAUUUUAUGGCCGCCCAGAGCUCACAAAGGUCUGUUGUGGCUUCAAAGAUGCCGGCUUUCCAUCUAUUUCCCUCUAAAAAUUCGAUUUUUUUUUUAAUUUUGGUUUAUCGGGGGUUUUGUCAGUAGAUUUUGAUUUCUUGGGCAAACAAUAAAACUGGGCUCGUAUCAAAAUUUGAUCUUUCUUCUUCAACAACGGAGAUUCGGAGUCUAGUCGAUCAAGACUUUGAGCUCUCUGUUUCCAUUGGAGGCCUCCGGGAUGUGAGAGUCUUGGUAGCCAAGGAGAAAGAAAGCAGCAGCUGUGAAAGAGCGCCUUUUAUUCCCUUCUUCUGAGCUCUUUUCCACUUAUUAUUUUCAGCCAUGGAAAGCCUAUUCGCCUUCUUCGUCCUCCUACUGAUGCUCUUGUGUAGUUCCCCUUCUUCCAUGGCGGCGACCGACGAAGUCUCCGCUUUGAUCUCAUUCAAGUUUUCGUCGGUCGAGCUCGAUCCCCAUGGCUUCUUGCAGAACUGGACUGCUAAUAGCAGCGCCAACAAUCCGAAUUCGGACGCCCCGUGCUCGUGGACUGGUGUGAUCUGCUCGCCGGCCGGCGGCCGGGUCCGGGGCCUCAACCUAAGCAACAUGGGCCUGAUUGGCCGGCUCAGCAUCGAUGAGCUCAUGGCGUUGCCGGACCUUCAUGACGUCGAUCUCCAUGGCAAUUCCUUCUACGGCAAUCUCUCUUACAGUAGCAGAGCUUCCUCUCUUCCCUGCGGCUUCGAGACCGUGGACUUUUCGUCGAACCACUUCAACGAAACCAUUCCGGGGUCCUUCCUGGCCUCUUGCCGGCGCCUGGUCUCGCUCAACCUAUCGAGAAACUUGAUCCCUGGCGGCAUUUUUCCAUUCGGAUCUUCCAUCCUGGUGCUUGAUCUGUCCCACAACCAGAUUUCCAACCAGGGGCUGUUCAACUACUCGCUUUCGAGCUGCGGCAAUCUGAACUAUCUCAACUUGUCCGACAACAAGCUCACCGGGGGUCUGAAGGGCGUCUCCUCGUGCACUAAUCUCACUGUGCUUGACCUCUCAUACAAUACUAUCUCCGGGGAGAUUCCGGCGGACUUCAUAUCGAAGUCGCCGGCCUCGCUGAAGCAAUUAGACCUCUCCAACAACAACCUUUCUGGUGAUUUCUCAAGCUUCAAAUUUGGGACCUGUGGUGGACUCAAGGCGCUCGAUUUGUCCGACAAUGGCCUAAACGGCAGCGGCCUGCCGCCGAGCUUGGCGAAUUGCUGGCAGCUUGAGAGGCUCGAUCUCUCCGGCAAUCGUUUUGUAAAUGAAAUCCCAACAUUCUGGCGGAACUUCGCCAAUCUGAAGCACCUAUCUCUGGCUAACAAUGGUUUUACAGGGCAAAUGCCACCGGAGCUAGGCCAGAUUUGUGGGACUGUCGUCGAGCUCAACCUGUCCGGGAAUAAGCUCACCGGUGGGCUACCGCCAACCUUUGUCUCCUGCUCUUCUCUUCAGAUACUAGACCUCGCCAAUAACCAGCUCUCCGGUGAUUUCGUCGAGAAAGUGAUCGGUACUCUGCCUGCUCUGAAGCGUCUCCAUCUUCCUUUCAACAACAUCACCGGUCAGGUGCCAUUGCUGGCGCUGACCAACUGUACAUUGCUCGAAGAAGUUGACUUUGGCUCCAAUGAGUUCGCCGGUGAUAUCGAAAUCCCAGCUGGUUUCUGUUCAUCUCUCCCUUCUCUCCAGAGGAUCCUGCUGCCCAACAAUUUGUUGAGAGGAUCGGUGCCACCGGAGUUGGGAAACUGUACUAGUCUCCGGACCAUCGACCUGAGCUUCAAUUUCUUGAGUGGCCCGAUCCCUUCGGAAAUAUGGUCGCUUCCGAAUCUCUCCGACUUGGUUAUCUGGGCUAACAAUCUCUCCGGUGAGAUACCUCAAGACCUCUGUUCAAAUAGUGUGAGCUUGGGGACACUAAUCCUCAGCUACAACAUCAUCAGUGGGAGCAUCCCUUCAUCUCUCACCAAGUGUGUGAAUCUUAUAUGGGUGUCAUUCUCCGGCAACCGCCUCGUGGGGAGUAUCCCCAGUGGCAUGGGCAACCUCCAGAACCUGGCGAUCCUCCAAUUGGGCGACAACUUGCUCUCCGGAGAGAUACCACCGGAGCUCGGCAGCUGCCAGAGUCUCAUAUGGCUCGACCUCAACAGCAAUGGACUAACUGGCUCCAUCCCGCCUGCCCUGGCCUCACAAACAGGGCUUAUAGUCCCUGGCAUUGUGUCCGGCAAACACUUCGCAUUCUUGAGGAAUGAGGGUGGGAACAUUUGCCCCGGUGCCGGCGCGCUGUUCGAGUUCGAAAGCAUCCGCCCUGACAGGCUUGCAAACUUCUCAUCGGUGCAUUCCUGUCCCUCUACAAGGAUAUACACUGGAACAACGGUCUACUCUUUCACGAGCAAUGGAAGCAUGAUCUACCUUGAUCUCUCCUACAAUUUGCUCUCGGGGACGAUACCGGAGAACUUGGGGGGCAUGGAUUAUCUCCAGGUUCUGAACUUGGGACACAACCGGCUGACGGGGAUUAUACCGGAGAGCUUCCGAGGUCUGCGAAUAAUCGGAGCACUCGACCUCUCCCACAACAAUCUCAGUGGUAACAUCCCGGGGGCUCUUGGCACGCUGACAUUCCUCAGCGACUUGGAUGUCUCCAACAACAACCUCACCGGUCCAAUCCCAACAUCAGGGCAGCUCACAACAUUCCCAGCUGCACGGUAUGAGAACAAUUCCGGCCUCUGUGGGCUCCCUCUGCCCCCUUGCGGGGCUAACGGUGAUAACCGUGGUCCCCAUUCCAAUUCGGGUGGUCGGAGGCGAUUGUUGGGCGGGAGCAUGAUGAUCGGGAUUGCUCUGUCUCUGCUCAUCAUUUUGUCACUCAUACUGGCUCUGUACAAAAUGAAGCAGCACCAAAAGACCAAGGAGCUGAGAGGUUCCUAUGUCGAAAGCCUCCCGACCUCCGGGACUGCAAGCUGGAAGCUGUCGGGUGUUCUCGAGCCUCUCAGCAUCAAUGUGGCCACCUUCGAGAAGCCUCUGAGGAAGCUAACAUUCGCCCACCUCCUCGAGGCCACCAAUGGCUUCAGUGCUGAUAGCUUGAUCGGCUCUGGUGGGUUUGGAGAGGUCUACAAGGCUCGACUCAGGGAUGGGAGCAUCGUCGCGAUCAAGAAGCUGAUCCAUGUCACAGGCCAGGGGGACCGGGAAUUCAUGGCUGAAAUGGAGACCAUUGGUAAGAUCAAGCACCGGAACCUCGUACCCCUGUUGGGCUACUGCAAGAUCGGCGACGAGAGGCUUCUAGUCUAUGAGUACAUGAAAUUUGGGAGCUUAGACGUUCUUCUUCAUGACAAGGGCAAGGGGGAUACUACCAGACUGGAUUGGGCAGCGAGGAAGAAGAUUGCGAUCGGCUCGGCGAGGGGGCUGGCUUUCCUUCACCACAGCUGCAUUCCUCACAUCAUACACAGAGACAUGAAGUCCAGCAAUGUUCUGUUAGACGAGAAUUUGGAGGCCCGGUUGUCUGAUUUUGGGAUGGCAAGACUUAUGAAUGCUCUGGACACCCACCUCAGCGUAAGCACCCUUGCAGGAACACCAGGCUAUGUGCCCCCUGAGUAUUAUCAGAGCUUCCGAUGCACCACCAAGGGUGAUGUCUAUAGCUAUGGAGUGGUUCUCUUGGAGCUUCUAUCGGGGAAGAAGCCAAUAGACCCAUUGGAGUUUGGUGACAACAAUCUUGUUGGUUGGGCUAAGCAGAUGGUGAAGGAGAACAGAAGUAGUGAGAUCUUUGACCCUGAAUUGCUGGGGAACAAGUCCGGGGAGGCCGAGCUAUACCAGUAUCUAAAGAUUGCUUGCGAGUGCUUGGAUGACCGACCGCUCCGGAGGCCGACCAUGAUUCAGGUGAUGGCGAUGUUUAGAGAGCUUCAGAUCGACACCGACAGUGAUUUCCUCGAUGGAUUUUCCAUUGGGAGGACCAUCAUUGAUGAAUCAAGAGAGAGAGCACCUUAAACCUGCAUGACAUAGUGCUGCCACAAAUUUUGUUCCAUUUGGAAUGGUGAGUGUUGGUUGCUGCCAUUCCAGAGUCAUUUAAUUAGUCUUUAAGCAUGUGAUUACAGCAUUUUGAUUACUGUAAAUAGCACAAGAAUGUUUAGGAGAAAGAAAAGUUUGUAGACUAAAUCAGAGAAAAAUCCUUUGUUGUUCAAUGGGAGAGGGAGGAAGGAAAGGUAUCUUGGAUUACUUCAUAGUCCCAUGUACACUUUUCUUUUAUUCUUAUAUAUGUUAAAUUACAGUUUUUUGUGGCUUAUA